CCUUCAUAUAGCGGCUAGAUUAAAUCUAAUACGCCAGCUCAUCGUCGUAUUCCCGUUUUCUGUUAACAUGGCAGCCCCAACGAUCGCUGUCGGUGACAAAGUGCCCCCUGGCACGUUCAGCUACAUCCCAUACACCCCAGAACAAGACGAUGCCCUCGUGUGUGGUAUUCCGACCACUAUCACUACCACUGAUUUCUUCGCUGGAAAGAAAGUGGUGCUGGUAUCCGUCCCAGGAGCGUUUACACCUACUUGCCACGUCAACCACCUCCCCCCCUUCCUCGAAAAAUAUGACGAGUUCAAAUCCAAGGGUGUUGAUAUAGUCGGAGUCCUUGCUGCGAACGACGCCUUUGUCAUGAGCGGUUGGGGUCGUGUUGAAGGGCUGAAAGACAAGAUACUCGCGCUCUCUGACGGCAAUGCUGAGUGGUCCAAAGCGCUGGGUCUCUCGGUGGACCUUUCUAACAUCGGCUUUGGCCUGCGCACUGCCCGGUACGCGAUCAUUUUGGAUGACUUGGUCGUCAAAUACCUCGGGGUUGAACCUGGCCGUGGAGUCACUGUCUCUGGCGCAGAGGCUGUUCUUGAAGCGCUCUAGGAUGUUGCUGGAAGUCCCGGUCGAACGAGUGUAUUUUAAGGUUCCUGUAUAGUACAAUGGAAUGCUAACAUCCCCCGUCGCAAUCUCGAGAGACCAGUCCCCGUAGUCGAUCCCCUCUUUUUGUCCCUCUGUCGCUGUUGGUGUCUGUGUACGCGCUCCUCUGUCACGUGACCGAGUUUUGUUGAUAGCCAGAUAAAGUUCAGGACAUGCAAUUAGGGUCAAGUUGAAG